AUGAAACAUCAUUUAGCUGGAACAAGGGCAAAUGUAAGUGCCUGUACAAGUGUUCCCGAUGAGGUAAAGGAGAUAUUCAUCAAGCUAUUGGAAGAGAAAGAAAAGAAAAAAGAUGAAAAUAGCUUGAAGUUUUUUGAAGAAGCUGAGACUCAGGAUGUAAGUGGUCAUCAAAAGAAAAGUAUGGAUUCUUUUGUCAACAAAGAAAAUGGAGGGACAUCUAAAAAUUUAAAGCAAACCACAAUGAAUACAAUGUUUAAAGAUAGAGAUGUUGUCAUUCAAAAAAUUUGCAAAUGCAUUUAUGCUAAUAAUGCCUUACCAUUUAAUUUGGUUAGAAGCCCCCAUUUUAUUCAAAUGGUCAAAGUUGUUGGAGAAUUUGGCAAGGGUUUAAAACCUCCUACUUAUCAUGAAGUCAGAGUCUCUUUUUUUAAGAAAGCAGCUGAUAGCAUCCAUCAAAAUUUGGAGAAAUACAAAAGUGAAUGGGAGAAAUGGGGCUGCACUUUGAUGUGUGAUGGUUGGACAGAUGGGAAAGGAAGGUCACUUACUAAUUUUCUUGUUAACAGUCCUAGUGGGACUGUUUUUCUAAAAUCUAUUGAUACUAGUGAUGUAAUUAAGGAUGUCAAACAAAUGUUUGAAUUAUUGGACAGCAUGGUAGAUGAAAUUGGGGAAGAAAAUAUAGUGCAAGUUGUAACAGAUGGUGCUUCUAAUCUUGUGGCAGCAGGAAAAAUAUUAGAAGAGAAGAGAACUAAAUUAUUUUGGUCACCUUGUGCAGCCUAUUGCCUUGAUUUAAUGCUAGAGGAUAUUGGAGAGCUUCCAAUUUUUUAUGCUACCAUUACAAAUGCAAAGAAAAUCACAACUUACAUAUAUAGGCAUACAUGGGUCCUUAAUUUGUACAGAAAGCAUUCCAAGGGAAGGGAGUUAGCUAGACCAGCCGUAACAAAGUUUGCAACUGCUUAUCUCACAUUAAAUUGCAUUAUGCAACAAAAAAAUGCUCUUAAAUCUAUGUUUGCUUCAGAAGAGUUUGCUUCUAGUUCUUAUGCUAAUAGAGUUGAGGCUAAGCAAGUGAUGAGCAUAGUGUUGAGUGAUGAUAAAUUUUGGAAAUCCAUCAAAUAUUGUUUAAAGUGUGUAAUUCCACUUGUGAAAGUACUUAGACUUGUAGAUGGUGAUUCAAAAUCAGCCAUGCCAUAUAUUUAUGAAGCAAUGGAUAGAACCAAAGAGUAA